UGUACGACAGGAUGGGCAUCGCUACUUAAGUGGGGAAGCGUCUUGAAAUUUAGAUAUGCAAAUUCAUAAAACGAGAGAGGUUCAAUGUUUUGCAUAAAUCGCUGGGAUGAAAAAAUGAUGUGUAUUAACUGAGUGCAGUUUUCCCAACUCUUGAUCAAGCAUAAAUACAAGCUAUCCACCACGCAUAAUGUAAAUUUAAGCCUAUCGAAAUGUGGGAGCUUUAAUAAAGUUGACCAAUCAGCGUUGAACAGGAUAUGCUGCUCGGUUGCCAUAGUUACAGCAAGCAGAAACGCUACGACGGUCAGAGUUGUUGACAGCUAGAAAGUAGCUAGCGGUAUUUUUCCUCCUACUUGGGUUUUCGUUACGUUACCAAACGUUUGCUUCAACGAUGCUGACCGCUCCUGCUCAGAGAGUAUGUUUUGGGAGCUCACUGGAGAGGAGGCUGUUUCCUCUCCAUUACGCGCCAGACCGGCUGGGAAACCAAAUGUCACAACAGGGACCGCCACAUGUCGGCCCGGGAAGCUAUGACAACCACGAGUUUGGCACCAUACUUUAUGACAUACAGAAGACACCUGGGAGUAAGAAAGGAUAUAGUCUCUCUGCAAGGACUGCUGUGCGCUUUCCGCCUUGUAACAAGGCAGUGACCCCUUCACCGUGGCAGUACCAGCAGGAUCAAAGUGGUUCUAGGGUCUCUCCUCCUGGCAAAAUAGCUUUCAGCUCAAAAGCACAGAGGUUCAAAACCACACCAUGUACAUCUGAGAGGAGUCCAGGCCCUGGGACGUAUGCCCACGACAGAGUGACAAACAGGAAAGUGAGCUGGCCCAUGUGCUUUGGGAGACCAGACUGGUCCAGCCUGCCUCAAAUAGGCAAGAAGUCACUCAGGGUGAAGCUUGCCAGUGAAAAGGAGUACCUUAAACAGAGGAACAGAGUGGCCUACCUGAGUUUGUACUAUUAACCCUGAAGGUCUUACAUGGAAACCUAUCAUGACACUGGCGAAGCAAGAAGAUGUUGUUUUUUGUUUUUUGUCUUUCCCCUUAAAAUAUAAACAAAAUAUGAACAUGUAAGGUUGUUUUUUUUCUUUUUUUAAAAGAAACUUAAUUUCCUUUAAUUACAAAAUGACAGAAUUCCUAUGUGACCUGUAUGUUACAUAAAGAUGUUGCUUACAAAAUAAUGUAGGACAGAUUUUUAAACAGCUGAAAAAGUGACACUUAACACAACAAAAAAAAAAAAGCCAUCUUCUGUGGAAGUCAGUCUGCAG